AUGGGAGUCGCUGUACUUCCCGGCAGCCGCCCAAACACUACCUUUAGCCUUAGUCUUGGCGUUGACCCGGGGAAACAAGUAAACUACGCCACGCCCGUCGUGCACCGGACCUCCGGCGGAUGUUUUACGGGGAGUUCAGAGUCAACAGUAUUCACACGUUCGUGCUGGAUUGGAAAUACCAAGUCGACAGCUGUUUCAUUGGUGGUGCUUGACCAGGUCCCGGUCAGCGAAACCGAGGAUCUGCAGGUUAAUAUUUUGCAACCUAAGGGUUUGAGUAAGGAAGGGGAUUCUGUCAGUGUAGUCCCCGGUAGUAGCGCUGCUAAGGCUAUCUGGGGAUCUGAGCGAGUGACGAUGUUGAAAAGUGGGGAGAUUAUGUGGCAGCUUGCUCUUGAAAAGGGGAAGGAGGUUAAAUUGACUUUGGAUUUUGAGACGAAGAUGCCGAGUGGGCAGAAGAUGACAGGUGCGUAUUAA